AUGGCUUCAUCACCUGUCGACAAAGCCGCCCCGAUCGCCAUCAUCGGAGCGGGAGUGUUUGGCCUCUCCAGUGCCAUCCAUCUGGUCAAGCGGGGAUACAAGAAUGUCACCGUCUUUGACCGUCAGCCCUACCACGAGACACACUACGACUUUGACCGCGGCUGCGAUGCUGCCUCUGCUGACUGCAACAAGAUUAUUCGUGCCGCCUACGGUCACGAAACAUGGUACCAGAACCUGACCCUCGAAGCCAUCAAGGUAUGGGAAUCCUGGAACGACACGCUCGCCACGGGAGCCAUGCUUCCCCCUGGCAUGACACGCGACGAGCGCAUCUAUGUCAACUGCGGGAACUACCAUUUCGGCGACCACGGCGACGCCGCCGGACUGAAUCCCUUUGAAAAGGCGUCCGUGGAGAACAUUACCAAGGCUGGUCUCGGCCACACCCAGUACCUUUUCGCAUCCAAGCCGGAGGAGGCGAAGCGAGCCAAGAAGGAUGGCUACGGGUAUGCCGUCGAUCCCUUUCACCUCUCCGGUGAUGGACAGCCCUCCGGAUACCUCGACAUGAUUGGGGGAUUCGUAUACGCGGACAAGGCGUGUCGUUACGCGCUGCAUCUAGCGCAACAACUGGGAGUCAAUCUCGUGCUCGACCGACAAGCCGGCAGCUUCGAGGGCUUUGUCGAAGACAGCACCGGCACAGUAACCGGGAUCCGCACUACGGACGGCAAACAACACCCAGCUUCCCUAACCAUCGUCGCCUGCGGGGGCUGGACCCCCUCUCUUCUUCCCGAAAUGGACGGUCUCUGUGAAACCACGGCCGGGUCAGUGGCGAUGAUCCAGAUCCCGUCUUCCUCUCCCCUCCGACAACGAUUCUCAGCGACCAACUUCCCGGUCUUCCAAUGGAACGUGCGAUCCGGUGAAAACGGCAACCUGUACGGGUUUCCCCUCGACGACCGGGGGGUCCUGAAGAUCGGCUACCGCGGGACAAAAUACACCCACCCGCAAGUCCAAUCCGACGGCCAUGUGCGCAGCACACCGAUCACGAAAUGGACAUCUCCAUUCAUCACCGGGUUACCGGAGAAAUCUGCCACGGUGAUUCAAUCCUUCCUCGACCGAUAUAUCCCCGAGCUCAAGGCCGCAGGGAUCGGGAUCUCGCAGACGCGACUAUGCUGGUACACGGAUUCAUACGACAACCACUGGGUGAUUGACCAAGUGCCGGAUAAAAAGGGGGUGAUUGUGGCGACGGGAGGGAGUGGACAUGCAUUCAAGUUCCUGCCAGUGUUGGGACAAUUAGUGGCCGAUCGGGUAGAGGGAGUACAGUCAGAGUUGCUGAAGUUGUUGCAGUGGCGGAAACUAGGGAAGGAUGAGAAGGGAUUGAACGAGCUAAUGAGGGGAUUCGAGGAUCGAAACGCGCUGCAAAAGGUGAAGAUGGUGGAUGAUAUAGGGAGGGGGAGUAAACUAUAGCCUCACCCCACUAUACCUACACGUAACCAACAAUCAACCUAUAACCAUGUUAACUCGAAGCAGUAACAAUACCAUAACUAUACACACACACAUAUACAUACAU